AUGGGUAAUAGUGCUAUUAGUUUACCAUCCAAACAGAGGUAUGACGAGUUCAAUGACAGGUCCUAUGGGUGUAAUCUCUAUAGCUUAGACGGUGCAGUAGGGAAAAGUAGGUUGGAAGGUGCACUAACACAACAUCGGAGUAUUCGGAGUUAUGUAGAGAAGAUUGUGGAUGCAUGGUGCUAUGUGUCAAAGAUGAGUACAGGGAGCCCAUACCAUAAGGACCGCUGUUAUUUCUUCUACUACUGGUUAGGAGAAAUAGUACGCAACACAAGAGAAGGCACAACUAAUUUUAAGAAUAUCAUGGACACAAUAUAUAAUACACUGAGCACAUGGGUCCCUAACGAACAGUGUAAGUAUAUGUACCCGGACACGGCGAAGCAGCAUUUCAAGCAUAUGAAGCAAAUGUUUGACUAUUACUACGACUUCAGUGGUAUAUGUGCACUAAUACAGCAGGAUCAGUCAAAAUAUACUGAUUACUCCGGUUAUCUGAGGGAAGCUGCUGAAGCCUAUAAUAGUAUGAAUGCGUAUUGUUUGAACCAGGGCUCGGAUAAACAGUACUGUACGGAGAAUGGAAGUACAUUUAGUACAAAGGGGAGUCCCGAGGAGUUCGAGGAAAAAUGCGAAUCGGAACAUGGGCUCAAACCUAUAUCCAUGGCAGAAAUAGGGAAGGCAGAUCCAGAUAAAUUACCUUCAGAAAAUGUAUAUGCCUUAUUUAAGGAAGGCAACACGUGUACCACAUGGACCACUCGGGGGCGAGGAUGUAACCAGAGUGUAAAGGCGGCAGUGCAGGGAGGAUUAAGGAGCUUCAAUAUGGAAGACGAGAACUUAUCUGGUGAAAUUGUGAGGAAUCAUUAUCGUGCAUGUAAUGGGAAGAAGUUGGAUGGCACCCCAUCCUACUUUGAGCCUUGUCAUUUCUUUUAUUAUUGGUUAGGGUACAGAAUAAAAAAUGAAGUCAAGGAACCUCAUGAACUGAAUACAGUCAUGACUUCAAUUUAUGGCAAUCUGACUAACACGAAAUGUACGAAUAGCUGUAGUAAAUUAUAUCCUCAAAUGGACAAAAACAUAUUUGACAAAAGAAAAGAAAUAUUUGAUUAUUCCUAUAAUUAUAAUAUUUUAUCAAAGGACCAGGGGGAUAAUAGAUAUUUAUGUAGUGAAGAUUGUAGCACAUAUUUAGACGGACUUAAGGGAGCAUAUUCGAGUGUACAAAGUAGUUGUAGUGAAACAACUGGGGGGGAUACAUUUUGUAAUGAAUUUAAUAGGGAAUAUGAGAACUCUUUCCAAAAUGGGGAACCUAAAUUGCAAUGCCAGACAACAGCAAAGAAACCUUCUGCUGGAGAUGACUUCGACCUUGGCGACGCCGUGGUAGAUGGUGGAAAUGACGACCCACCACCACCACCAAAACCCAAACCAAAUCCCAAUCCAAAUCAAGCCGGCAGUAGUGGUUCUUUUUCCGAUGCCGAUUUAGCAGAUGGUGUCUCUGGUGGAGAAGGAAAGGGUGGUAGUGACGGUGGUGGUAGUCAUAGGAAAGAAGGGGAAGAAGAUAGCAGUAACGUCACUAUUGCAGUUCCUUCUGCAUUAGCUGCAGUAGGAUUACCGACAAUUGCUGCUCUCCUUUUUUACAAGUAUAAACCUUUCUUCUUGAGGAAACACAACCACUCUGGAAAUGGAAGAAGGAGAAGAUCCCGUAGGAGAGAAUUUAAUGAAUUUGAUGAUGACGACACCUCAACAAUAGAAUAUUCGACAACAAAUUCGAAUUCCGAUUUAACAACAGCAACGGAUCCUUCAGAAUAUUCUGUUCCUUAUAUCAGAUAA